ACUCCCCACGACCACGCCGCCGUAUCCUCAGCCACAACAUAUAAAACCAUGAACCUAUAAAUAAGUGUCCGAUAAUUUUGGAGAUGACACUUGUCGUCGGACUUCCGCUGCAACGGCGAACCUUAACGGUCUUGGCCGGAGUUCAUAAUUCUUGUCUUGUUAAGACAAUUACUUCCGCUUCGGUCACUGCCUGCACUGUGAAUUCUGUUUCGUGUCUUUCGAGAGCACUGAAAAAGUUGAGCUGUAGUGGCGGAGUGCAUCGCCGUCUGGUGCUAGGGCUGGGUGCGACGUUCUGGGCUCAGUACAUGGCCGGUGCUGUCGGUGGGAAAUCUUUCGUCGCUUCCGCCAAGCGUAGUUCCUCCAUCGAACAGGUCCUGAAGAAUGCUGAAUGGCCGGAACAGUUCCCCUUCAAGGAGGAGGAUUUUCAGCGCUUUGAUGAGUCAUCGGAUUCAUUGUUCUACGAAAGUCCACGAUUUGUUACACACAUUGAUGAUCCUGCCAUUGCUGCACUUACCAAGUAUUAUUCACAGGUUUUUCCUCCUAGCAGCACUCCAGGAGUGAGCAUGCUGGACAUGUGUAGCAGUUGGGUCAGCCAUUAUCCAAAAGGGUACAAGCAAGAGCGUAUAGUUGGGAUGGGCAUGAAUGAAGAAGAGCUCAAACGAAAUCCUGUUCUCACAGAGUAUGUUGUGCAAGACUUGAAUGUGGACCCUAAGCUUCCAUUUGAUGAUAAUUCGUUUGACAUUAUUACUAAUGUGGUUAGUGUUGAUUACUUAACAAAGCCUCUUGAUAUUUUCAAGGAGAUGUGUAGGAUUCUUAAGCCUGGUGGAUUGGCUAUCAUGAGCUUCUCCAACCGUUGCUUUUGGACAAAAGCAAUCUCCAUAUGGACAUCCACAGGUGAUGCUGAUCAUGUUUUGAUUGUUGGGUCAUAUUUCCAUUAUGCUGGCGGAUUUGAACCUCCUGAGGCUGUCGACAUAUCUCCCAAUCCUGGACUAACGGAUCCCAUGUACAUUGUCUACUCCAGAAAACUAGCUACAGCUUGAGAAGAGGACUGGCUAAAGAUUUGAAAUUUUAUUUUGUCCGAUCAAUCGAAUCAUGAGUGUAAUUUCUGGGGUAAUGCUUCAUUCUUUUCUCUAAAUCUUAGAAAGUGAACUAUAUAAGUAUAUGUCUAUAUAAAUGCCCCUUGUCAAAAAAAAAAAUGUCUAUAUAAAUUCUUGUCUACAUC